GAAAUGUAUGUCACUGUCCGGAACCCUAAUAGAGACUUCGUCUGAACUCAUGCUAAGUUCUGACAGAGCAAGUUUUGAUGAUAGCUUUACAAACGAGAACAACUUGGAACAUGUCAAUGGUGAACUUCUUGUCAGUUACCCUAACACAACUAGCAAGCAGCAGCUGUUGGAUCGAAUAGACGAUUUACUGAAAAAGAUUAACUUCAAUAAGGAGCUGAUUGAAAGUUACGAUACUUUCUUUAAAAACCAGUCUACAACUGCACAAGAACUGAGGUUAGAGCUACAAGAGCUGAGUGGUUCUUCUGACGGUACACUGUCCCCAAUACUACAACCCUCUCCUACUUGGGACUAUCAGGCCAUAUUCGACCAGUCCGAGAACUCGCCUGACUCUGACAUUCCUCACAGUACCCAGGUAUCAGAUGAGCUGCUGUCUCGUACCAACAAUAAGGACCUGAAGUUGACGAACUCUGACAAGGAGCUAAUCUCUUACUUAGUAGAUAGGGAGCGGGAGAUACUGAGACUGCAACAUUGUGUUGAUAACAACUCAUGGGAAUCUGACAAGAGUACAUUACGGAACAUUGAAGAAAGUUAUGUGCGAAGAUAUUGGGGGCUAUGGGAGCAGAACAAGAAGCUUAAGAAUAUUCUGAGCGAGAUACGAGCCAAGGAGAACAGUUUAGUGGAUCAGCUCCAGGAGCAGGAACAACUCACUGUUUUCUACGCUUACCUCAACCUUUCUUCUGAAAGGGAUGUCAAGGAACACGAAUUGACUGAGGACUCUUUCUCUGAUGAUGAGUAACGGUGUGGAACUACCCUCGCACUUUCAAUCCUACCCUAUACCCUACGUUCUAUCCUACAAUAUAUAUCCCACCUUCUAUCCUACAAUAUAUAUCCCACCUUCUAUCCUACAAGAUAUAUCCCACCUUCUAUCCUACAAUAUAUAUCCCACCUUCUAUCCUACAAUAUAUAUCCCACCUUCUAUCCUACAUCAUAUCCGUCCUGCUGAAAUAACCGUUAACUUGACUUUGACUAAUCAUAUUAUUCAUAUACCUGGUCAUCUAAUCCACAACUUCGAAAUUAUCCUUUUUGGCUUUUGAAUAUAUUGUGCUUGGUGUGGUAUUGAUUUGUUCUUGAUAGUCAUCCUAAAGCACCAAAUUUCUGAAAUAAACAGAUUUCCCAGUGUGUUUUACAAAUGAGAAUUGAUAUUAGAUUUUGGGAGGAUGAAUCUGACUAAUUUAUGGUGGUGUUUAAUUAAUAUAUCUUCAACCGCUUUAUUACUAUCAGUAUUACUUUUUAUUACUUAUCAUUUUAAUAUUUACUUAUCCUAGUCGUUAUUGACGUUAUCUGGAUUUUACCAAAUGUUUUCGCUUUAUGUGUACAGUCAACGGAAAAUGCCACCGACAGAAGCUAAAUUAUUAUAAAACUGGGCAUUUUCCAUUUAUUAUUUUUUACUGUGGAAAUGUAAAUAGCUGUCAGAAAAUAAAUAAUGUUUAAAUUUUAUUGUAAUAUAUCCAGCUGUCUAUGUAUUUAUUAAAACAUUAAAUUUAAAUGUGUAUCGGUUAUUUGAUCUUUUUUCUGAUGCAAGUAAAUCCCCAAAUAAAAACCGGUGGACAAUAAGAAGUUCGCUUAUUACGUUUAGAACUGCGGCGUGGACGGAAUUUCAGAAAUUUUACACUUUCUGAAAUGUAGAUUAUAUAGCCAUAGGGCCUGGACCUGACUUACUUUCACUUCAAUUAAUUAGGUUUGUUUUCUGUGAUGAAAGGAUCGAAAAUAAUUUUGAUAUUUAUUAAAAAUCAAUCCAAAUUCCUUUUAUGUUCUAUUUUGAAAGAUGUAAGCGUCGAUUUUUACUGUUUACAUCCACUACAUCGCUGUCAUGUGCUGUCGUUCCAUAACACUCCUUAACGUUAAAGUUUCACAUAAAUUUAAUAUCAAAAAAUGUACACAUUUGAAUAAGAAUAUAAUAUUAUCUGGAUUGUAAUAAUUUAUAGGUGAAUUGAUACCGGAUGAUAGCUCCC